UUUAAGCAAUUCUCAAAAAAAACCAAUCCUUUAUUACAAACACCCUCACUUGGUUCUCUCGCAAAACCCAGAAAAUGAGAAUCUUUCGAAAACCCACACUUUCUGUUUCUCUCUUAUUCUUCUUCUUCUUCUUCCUCUAUGAAUCUUCCAUGGCUGCAGAUACAAUCAGAAGAGGCGAAUUUCUUCGAGACGGUUCAAAUCACAAACCUUUAGUCUCCCCUCAAAAGACAUUCGAGCUCGGAUUCUUCAGUCCAGGAGUCUCCACUCUCCGUUAUCUAGGGAUUUGGUAUGGAAACAUCGAAGACAAAGCUGUUGUGUGGGUAGCAAACAGAGAAACCCCGAUUUCAGACAAAUCUGGAGCUCUCACGAUAAGCAACGACGGGAAUCUCGUGUUACUAAACGGGGAAAACAUCACUGUCUGGUCUUCAAACAUUACAGCGAGCAGCAACAACAACAACAACAGAGUCGGAGCAAUACGCGAUACUGGGAACUUCGAACUGGUUGAAGCUAACUCAGAGAGAGCUCUUUGGGAGAGUUUCGACCACCCAACGGAUACGUUUCUGCCUCAGAUGAGAGUUCGUGUGAAUCCCCAAACCGGAGAUAAUCUCGCUUUCGUCUCUUGGAAAUCUGAGAACGAUCCUUCUCCUGGUGAUUACAUAUUAGGGAUUGAUCCUUCAGGAGCACCAGAGAUUGUGCUUUGGGGAAGAGACAAGAUCAGGAAAUGGAGAAGCGGGCAGUGGAAUCAGGAAUUGGAGUAG